GGCCGUUCGAACGCCGCCCGCCCUCAGCAGCCGCCAUGGCGCCCGCCAGGAGGAAAGGCGGCUCGAGCUCCCGCGGCAGGAAACUGGCGGCCUUCCUCAAGGACUUCGACCGCGAAGUGAACCGGCGGCUGGAGCGGCUGCGGGCGGACGGGGAGUGCCUGGUGAAGGAGAUCGAGAACCUGUACGAUAUGGCGAUCCUGCGGCUGCCGCUGGAGCUCCGCCAGAUGAACUGGCUCGAGUACUACGCUAAACAAGGAAGUGGAAAGACGCUGGAGGAGGUGGCUAUGGCAGACUUGGAAAUAGCAGAAAUAGACAAGCUGACAGCGGGAGUUAUCAAUACACCGUUUGACAUCGUCAAGAAGGUGGAUAAAUUCAAAAGGAGCGUUGAAACCGUUGAGGAAGCAGAGCCUCCAUCGCUUCCUCUGCCAAAGAAGUCCAGAGUCGACAGCCAGUGUCCUUCAGAGACAGAGGCUGAGAACGUGAAUCCAAGAACUGCCAAGGUGAAGGCAUCUGCCAAAAAGCCACCCGUGGCCAGGAGACCCCCCUCAGCGAGAGUGAAGCGCAUGAGCAAGAGAUCAAGCAAAAACAGCUUUAUCACUCCAGCUACUGGCAGAAUGGUUGAUAUCUGUGCGCGGGGAGGCACCUCCAUGGUUACACCCAGAUUCGAUUCCAGGGUGUUCAAGACGCCGGGUCUGCGCACGCCGGCGCUCAACGAGCGCGUUUACACCAUCUCUGCCAACGGCAGCCCCCUCGCCGACACCGGGGACGCCGUCCUCACCCUGCCCCUCGGCGGGGGAGAGAGCAUACGUUUGACAGCAAAGGAUUUGACCAAGAGGAAUUUUCUUCAGCUGAACCCCAAGGCCCGAGGGCUCAUGAAGAAGCUGUCAGUUUGUCUCGCACAGGCUUGCAACGAGGCAAAAAUACCCCUAGAUGGAAGUCAGUGAGCAGCUACAUCCCUCUGUAAAUAACAUUUUACAUUUAGGACUGCUACCUUCAUUUAGUUCUUGCUCUAACUUGUAUCUUCCUUUCAUUGAUCUACGGAAUGGAAGCUAAGAACUAGUUAUUCUACCUAUGAUAUGUAAUGGGAUCAAAAUAAAUUGAACUUUUUUUUUUAA